CGGGUCCAGUGCCACGCCGGCGACCUCCUCUCAACGACAUGGGCCGCGGGCUACUGCUACUCCUGCCGCUGGCCUUGCUGGCCGCCCAGACGCAGGCUGAAGGCGGCGCGGCGACGGAGGAGGUUAAAAUAGAGGUGCUGCACCUCCCUGAGGUCUGCAGCCCCAAGAGCAAGAAGGGGGAUCUGCUGAACGCGCACUAUGACGGUUUCCUGGCCAGCAACGGAUCCAAGUUUUACUGCAGCCGGACGCAAAAUGAAGGUCAUCCAAAGUGGUUCGUUCUGGGUGUUGGACAAGUCAUAAAAGGGUUAGACAUUGCUAUGAUGAAUAUGUGUCCUGGAGAAAAACGGAAAGUGAUCAUUCCUCCAUCACUUGCAUAUGGACAGCAAGGAUAUGCACAGGUCAAGAUUCCACCCAAUGCAACACUGAUCUUUGAGAUUGAACUUUAUGCAGUAAAUAAGGGACCUCGCAGUGUUGAAGCAUUCAAUCAAAUCGACAAGGACGGUGACAAGAAACUCUCUGAACUUGAGAUAAGCCAGUAUUUGAAAGAAGAAUUUGCAAGAGACGGCAAAAAACGUCAUCCGUCAGUCCAUGAUGAAAUCUUAGCUGAUAUAUUUAAGAAGAAUGACCACGAUGGAGAUGGUUUCAUAUCAGCAAAGGAGUACAAUGUCUAUCAGCAUGAUGAACUCUGAGUACUUAGAAAAAUCUGUGGCCAUUUUCUGGACACUGAAUUUUAAAUAGUAAUAAUUUUGUCACAGAAAUUUUUGUAUUUUUUUUUAUGGUGACAUCUUUUUAUACCUCUUAAAAUGACUGUAAAAAUCUUAUUUUUAGCAUUCAACUAAUACAAUGUUAGAUAUCUCAAAAGAAAGAAAUAAAAUUGAAAAACACUA